CCGGAUGCAGAAAACCGUGGUCUGAGAGGGGGCGGGGUGGCGCAGUGGAAGUAAGGGGGAGAUGCUGGGAUAAGUCAGGGUAGUGCUCAGCGCUCAAGGUAGGAGAGGCUUCUGCAGGUCUGAGGGCCCUAGGGCCGCAGCGGCUCUCAUGGAGUAAAGCCUCCGGCGUGGAAGAGGGAGAAGUGUUUAAAAAGGAAAGGAGGAGACAAGUGUACCCCCAGGUUGCGGGGAGCCGGGGAGUGUGGAAAGCUCAUUCUCAGACCCAGACCCACGUACCUCCUCCAUUCCUUCUUUCCAUAUCCCAUUUCAUCCUUGUUCUCCAUUUUGUUACCUGCAGAGGUCGGAGACAGAUCUGCAGGAAAAAUGCUUGGCUUUGGGGAAGGGAAGGGCACGAACUGGGAAACUUGGCCUCUGAAUUUUCAGUGUCAUAGGGCCUCUGUCCUCAGUGCUGAUCUGUCUACUAAGGAUUCAAUCCCUGUCUCUUUGGAUUCCAUUACUCUUCCUAAGAGUAAUGGAAUCCAAACAGGAACUAGUGACAAAAAGUCUCAAUGUGGAAAACGCCCAACAGGAAAACACAGAAAAAGAGGAUCCCUUGGCCUUGCCUUUGGAAGCUAGUGAAUACUGUGUGCCUAGAGGAAAUCGUAAGAAGUUCAGAGAUAGGCAGCCCAACCUGUAUUAUAGAUGGAACCUGAUGCAUGGGUUUGGAGAGCCACAGGCAAGGGGAGGGGGAGAAAAUGUAGAAAGGUUUAGAGAGGAGGUGAGACAACUCAUGGAAAAGCUGAGGGAAAUGCAGUUGAGUCAUACCUCACAGGCAAUUAGUAACGACAUCCCUCACCAUGACCAUCACAGUGACUUUUGCCAUAGGUCCUGAAUCUUGAUGUUUACCCUAAAGUUAAUAAAGAGGCAUCUGAUUCCUAAACUUACAUGUUUGUGAUGUACUAUUGUAAACCUUUUGAUGUCACUAGUUUGUAUGUGCCUCCUAUUACCAGCUUCUAGUAGGAUGUUGUAUUUUUGAUCCAGACUGUAUCACUUUUUUUAGUAGAAUAAACCUAUUGCAUGGAAAAAAUACUCAUUGUAUA